GCGACGUUGAUUGUUUAGAGUUUUUAUUUAAUUUCUUCUCAUUGAUUGUUUUGAUUGUUUAGUUUUCUAUUUAAUGUAAAAAGAAUUUUUUUUUAACAUUUACUCUAAUUAUUUGGUGUUUAACUAAUCAGUUUUCUGUUUUAUCUUCAAGUUGAUGGCUACUUUUGACUAUUUAAAUGACUAUGAAUGGGCAAGUGAUUUUACCAUUGAAAAUGAGAUUGGUCAAUCUUGUCCACCUGAUGAGAUUGAUUUUCUUGAUUGGAAUUCAUUGGGAACUCGAGGAUCAACUUUAUCACCUUCACAAUCAACUUCAUCUCAUGGUGGUAGUGGACUAGGUACUGGUAAUGGUGCUGUUGGUGGUGGUAAUGGAGGAGGAGGAGGAGGAGGUGAAUUGUCAUUAAACAGUUACCUUGAUACAUCAAGAAUUACAAGUUCUGUUAGUAAUGAUAAAAGUAAAUUGGGUGAGAUUAAAGAUAUUGAAACAUUGGCAUUAAGAUUAUCUGCUUAUCUGGAAACUGCUCGAUUAACAGAAUUUCAUAUUGAAGAGUUGAUGCAGUUAAUUGUUGGUUUACUUAAUGAUAAAAGUAAACCACAUUCUCAUCUUGAAUCAGAGUUAAUGGAUCUUCUUGGCUUUGGUGCAAUUGAUUUAAUUCGAGAGAUAAUUCAAAAUCACCAGUUAAUUGUUAAAUCUCAUAAAUCACUUUAUCAAGAAUCUUUCCUAUUAUCAUCAACAACAACAAUCUCAGAUCAAAUUGGUGAUCCAGCAAUGGAAGCAUUGGCAAAAUUAAAUUCCCUUCAAACAAGUCAACCCAAGAAACCUUCAAUUACUCAAUCGGUGGUGGUACAAACAAUGGAAGAGAAAAAUUUGAAAAAAUAUAUUCGAAAAUGUGAGAAAAAAAUGAUGAAAGAGAUUAACAAGGAAGCAAAUGAAAAUGAUACAACCGAUAUUAACAAGAUUAAACAAGAAAAGGAGAGACAAUUGCUCGAGGCGAUGUCCGGGCCACUAUUCAAACGAACAGCACCAAUGGAAAGGGAAAAGUAUCCCUUUGUUUUUGAUAAUUACGCCGAAGCUCAACUAUCAGCGGCAUUUAUUUGCGGUGCUAAAAUGGCCUUACCUGCCGGUUUUAAGAGAAACGAUAAUCCUAAAUGGGAAGAGAUUGAAAUUCCAGUGUUCAAAGAUUCCCCUGAUUUUUUACCCGAAUUUGGCCUGAUUGAUGUAGAAAAAGAUUUAGAUCCAUUGGGACGUAAAGUUUUCGCCGGUUUUAAAAAGCUAAAUAAGGUACAAUCAAUUGUCUACAAUACCGCUUGUAACACCAAUAAUAACAUGUUAAUCUGUGCCCCAACCGGUGCUGGUAAAACAAAUAUCGCCAUGUUAACAAUUCUCAAUGAGCUACGUCGACACUGUGAUCCGGAAACACUUAUGGUUACCAGUGCAGAGGAAUUUAAAAUAAUCUAUAUUGCACCGAUGAAAGCACUUGCCUCCGAGAUGACUGAUGGAUUUUCCAAACGAUUGAAACCUUUAGGUGUUCGGGUUAAAGAAUUGACCGGUGAUAUGCAAUUGUCAAAAGCGGAAAUCAUUGAGACCCAUAUGAUUAUUACGACACCGGAAAAAUGGGAUGUUGUCACUAGAAAACCUAAAGGUGAAGUUGAACUAAUGAAAUUGGUUAAACUUUUGGUUAUCGAUGAAGUUCAUUUACUACAAUCUGACCGAGGUCCAGUUGUUGAAGCUCUGGUUGCUCGGACUCUUCGCCAUGUUGAAUCAACACAAUCAAUGAUUCGAAUUGUUGGUCUAUCAGCUACUCUUCCUAAUUAUGUUGAUGUGGCCUCAUUUUUAAACGUUAACCUAAGGGAGGGACUAUUCUUUUUCGAUGAUAGAUUCCGUCCAGUUCCUCUGGGACAAACUUUCAUUGGAAUCAAGUCAACUUUUCCUUCAUCGCAAAUGAAUGAUAUGGAUGAAAUUUGUUAUGAAAAAGUUCACCAUUUUGUCUCCCGUGGUCAACAAUGUAUGGUUUUCGUUCAUGCUCGUAAUGCGACUUAUAAAACUGCUGAAAUUCUUAAAGAAAAUGCUCGAGCUGCUGGACAUUUGGAACUAUUUCGACCUGAAAUGUCAGCAUCCGUUGUAAAAGCAAUCGAACGACCAAACAAUGGUAAACUUAAAGAUCUACUAAAAUAUGGAUUAGGUGUUCAUCACGCUGGACUUACCCGACCUGAUCGUAACCUAGUGGAAAAGCUAUUCAAAGAAGGUGUUGUCAAAGUAUUAGUUUGUACCUCAACCCUUGCCUGGGGUGUUAACUUGCCCGCUCAUGCAGUUAUCAUCAGAGGUACUGAGCUUUAUGAUCCAGCUCAGGGUAAUUAUGUACAAUUAGAUGUACUUGAUGUUAUGCAAAUUUUUGGACGAGCAGGUAGACCUCAAUACGAUAAGGAAGGUUUUGCAACCAUAAUCACAACUCACGAUAAAUUGAGACACUAUUUAACAACUUUAACCUGCCAAUUUCCAAUUGAAUCUCAAUUUAUGAAAUGUUGUACCGAUCAUCUAAACGCCGAGGUUGUCUUAGGUACGGUGACAACGAUUGACGAAGCAGUUGAAUGGCUUGGAUAUACUUAUUUUUUUGUUCGAAUGAAAAAAAAUCCCUUAGUUUAUGGUAUAACCCAUGAUACUUUAAUCAAUGAUCCAGGAUUAUUUAAUAAAAGGAGAGAUAUGAUAAUCGCUUCAGCCAUGGAUUUGGAUAGAGCUCGAAUGGUUCGAUAUGAUGAGACAACCGGAUGUCUUGAUCCAACUGACCUUGGUCGAACUGCGAGUCAUUAUUACAUUAAAUAUAAAACAAUUGAGAUAUUUAAUCAACUAUUAAGUGUUUACAUGAUGGAAGAUGCAAUUUUAAAUAUGAUCAGUAAUUCCCAAGAAUUUGAUCAACUUAAGUCUCGAGAAGAGGAAAUGGAUGAAUUAGCUCAUCUAAAUGCUAAUUACACUUGGUUAAAAGUUGGUGGUUCUUUGGAUGAUAAAAAUGGAAAGACAAACAUUUUAAUUCAAGCUUAUUUAUCUCAUGCUAAGAUUGAACAAACCUCAUUAACUUCCGACAUGUUGUAUAUUGUUCAGAACUCGGUUCGUAUAUUACGAGGUCUUUUUGAAUAUGUUCUAAGACGAGGAUUCGCCUCACUGGCACAUAAAUUUCUAUCUCUAUCGAAAAUGUUGGAAAAAGAAAUGUGGAGUCAUGAAACACCCUUUCAACAAUUUAGUCGAUCCUUAAGUCACCAUGAUCUUGAUAAAAUUCAACGACUUGGAAUUACCGUUAAUAAGAUUAAAUCGGAUGAAUUAUCAACUAGAGAAUUGGCCAAUAUGUUAAGGGUUGAAUCGAAAGGUAUUUUACUCAAAAAAUUGGCCUACACUUUACCUUGUCUCGAUAUUGAAGCAACACUUCAACCAAUCACUAGAACGGUCAUUCGAGUUACCUUACAUAUAACACCUUCAUUCAAUUGGGAUGAUAGUUAUAACGGUAAAAAAAGUGAACCGUUUUGGAUCUGGAUGCAAGACGCUGAUAGUCAACACAUUUACCACCACGAGUUUUUCAAAGUAACCAAAAAACAGGCCAUUAAAAAGGAAACGCAAACAUUAGUCUUUACCAUUCCCCUGCUUGACCCUGAUAAUCUUCCCUCCCAUUACAUCAUCCACUCUGAUUCUGACCGUUGGUUAGGCUGUGAUCGUGAAGAGUCAAUCCCGUGUUUUGGCCUCGUGUUACCAGAAAAAGUUUUACCCUUUACAAAACUAUUGGAUCUCAACCCGUUACCAAUAAGCGCAUUGAAAAAUGAUUCCUAUGAAUCGCUGUUUAAAUUUACUCAUUUCAAUCCAAUUCAAACGCAAUUGUUUCACACUCUUUACCAUACCGAUAAUAAUGUCCUCCUUGGUGCACCAACAGGUUCGGGUAAAACUAAUUGUGCCGAGAUUGCAAUUUUCCGUGCCUUCAAUGUUAACCCUGAAUGUAAAAUUGUUUACAUUGCUCCACUUAAAGCGCUGGUUCGUGAACGUGUUAACGAUUGGAAGGUUCGUCUUGGUGAACGUUUAAACAAACCCGUUGUUGAAUUAACGGGUGAUUUUACUCCCGAUGUAAAAAGUAUCAUGUCUGCUAAAUUAAUUGUCACCACACCGGAAAAAUGGGAUGGUAUUUCUCGUUCCUGGCAAACACGACAAUAUGUUCGUGAUGUUUGUCUUAUAAUUAUCGAUGAGAUUCACUUACUGGGUGAAGAUCGUGGUCCAGUUCUUGAGGUUAUAGUUUCUCGAACCAAUUUUAUCAAUAGUCAUACAGGAAGGAAAAUUCGUCUCAUUGGUCUAUCAACGGCUGUUGCUAAUGCUCAAGAUUUAGCUAAUUGGCUUGGAAUUGAAAAAAUUGGUCUCUACAAUUUUCGACCUUCAGUUCGUCCAGUUCCCCUUGAAGUCCAUGUUUCCGGUUAUCCUGGUAAACAUUACUGCCCAAGAAUGGCCUCCAUGAAUAAACCAACAUUCAAAGCGGUUAAACAACAUUCACCUGAUAAACCGGUAAUUGUUUUCGUUUCAUCUCGUCGACAAACUAGAUUAACAGCUCUCGAUUUAAUUGCUUACCUUGCCAUGGAUAAUCCAAAGCAAUGGGUUCACAUGACUGAUGAGGAAAAUAAUUAUCUAAUUCAGAAUAAUAUCAAAGAUAGUAACCUUAAAUUAACAUUAGCAUUUGGUAUUGGCCUUCAUCAUGCUGGUCUCCAUGAGAAGGACAGGUCACUUGUUGAAGAAUUGUUUCUCAAUCAGAAAAUUCAAGUUCUAAUAACAACGGCAACACUGGCCUGGGGUGUUAACCUUCCCGCUCACUUGGUAAUCAUAAAAGGAACUGAAUUUUAUGACGGAAUCCAUCGAUAUGUUGACUUUCCAAUAACCGAUGUACUUCAAAUGAUGGGACGUGCAGGUCGACCUCAGUUCGAUAAAGAGGGAAUCGCCGUGAUCCUUGUUCACGAUAUAAAGAAAGAAUUUUAUAAAAAGUUCUUGUACGAACCUUUCCCAGUAGAGUCGCAUCUAAUUCCAGUAAUUGAAGAUCACGUUAACGCUGAAAUUGUGGCCGGAACUCUUUCAUCGAAAUCUGAUUGUGUUGAAUAUCUUUCAUGGACUUAUCUGUUUCGGCGAUUAUUUAAAAAUCCAAGUUACUAUGAAAUGGAAGGUGCUGAUCUUCAAACAAUCAAUCAUUUCCUUUCACAAUUGACCGAUCGUGCAGUCAACGCACUUGAAGCAUCCGCUUGUGUUGAAGUCGAUCCAGAAGAUGAUCGAACCCUUUAUGCUACACCACUCGGACGAAUUGCAUCAUUUUAUUAUCUUAACCAUAAAACCGUUAAAAUGUUUCAAGAUCAAUUAUCAAAUGAUAUCAAAAUUGAACGAUUACUACACAUACUGACCUCAGCCGCUGAAUACAAUGAACUUCCUGUUAGACACAAUGAAGACUUACAGAAUGAAGAUUUGGCUAAAAGAUGUCGAUUCCCUGUAACUCAUGGUGCCACUUUUGACUGUUCCCAUACCAAAGCAUAUCUACUCCUUCAAGCCCACUUUUCCCGUCUCGAAUUACCUUCAACUGAUUAUUAUACUGAUACUAAAUCAGUUCUUGACCAAGCGAUUCGUAUAAUUCAAGCAAUGAUUGAUAUUUCCGCCAUGAAUGGUUACCUAACAGCGACACUUGGAUUAAUUUCAAUCCUUCAAAUGAUCAUUCAAGCUCGUUGGUACGAUUGUCCAUCUUAUUUGACUCUUCCCCAUGUUGAUGAAAUUGUUUUACCACAAUUUAAGCGACACUUAUCAAUACAUUUACCAGAAUUAAUGUCAAUCGUUGAUAGUAGAGGAAUUGAUUGUCUAAUUAAACCGCUGGAUAAGAUGAUGGAUAUAAAACAAAUUCGUGAUAUUUAUCAAACAAUUAACGGGUUACCCUUUAUCAAUUUAAAAGUUACACUGAAAAAGGCUGAAGAUGAAAGUGAUGAAUUAAAAGUAACCCUUGAUCUACCUGAUACAUCAAUUAAAUCACGACAUUUCAUUGAACUGGAAGCCGAUACUGAUUAUCUAAUUAACUUUAACUUUGAACGAUCAACCCGAUCAAACUACAGGCCAAGUCGUUAUAUUUACGCACCAAAAUAUGCUAAACCUAAAGAUGAAAAUUGGAUAUUAAUUGUUGGCGAUUCAAAUACGAAAGAGUUAAUUGCUCUUAAACGAUCAGGUUACAUUGGAAAUAAAUUAAUGACCAAUAGUUUGAUCAUUCGGACACCAGAAAGAUAUGGACGAGCAAUUUAUUCACUUUACUUUCUAAGUGAUGCACUAAUUGGAUUAGAUCAACAAUAUGAUUUAGGAAUUGAUGUAAUUCCCAGAGUUUGAUUGUCUUUCAAUUAGCUCACCAAUAAUACGGAUGAUUACAAAUCUAUUGAUUAUCAUUAGAGGGAAACAAUCAUCCUGAUCAAACAAUCAAUUUACUGUUUAAUCUGAUCUAUUUAAUGCUCGUCAAGGCGGAUGGAAAAAUAAUUAUCAUCUAAUUGUAAUUAACUUUUUGUUUUCUAUCCAAACAAAGAAAUUGUGAUAUUCUAAUUGGAAAUGUAAAAAUUAAUUCUAUCCAUUAAUUGGUAAAUAAGAGUAUAAAUUAUUAUUAAAAUUUUUCACGAACAUUGAAA